AUGUCUCCAAGUGUGCUGUCUCCAGCUCAUGUCGCCUUCAAAACUCUGGAUGGGGAGGACGGGCUUUUGGUAAUCAAAGGUGUCUGGACACCGACUGAGGGCAUGACAGAACUACAUGUCUCCAGCCUCCGGGCAGACCCCUUCUUUGCGCCGCCGAAGGCAGUCAAGGCACUAGUCUCCAAGAUCUGGGGUUGA